AUCGCUGAUUUUGUUGAUAAAUCUUUUCGAAUGUGAGUAAUUAUUUCUACGGUUGUUGUACGAGUUUCAAAGAGGAUCAGCGUCGAUACCUUAUGCCUCGAAAUCACUUGUUCGAAAAUCCACUAUUCGAGUAAUUUUAUUUCAUCAGUUCAGUUUGAAUUUCAAUUUUCAGUUGGCAAUUGGCAUAUUCGAUUUACAUAAUUCGCGAUUAGUACGAGAAUUCUCGUUGGUUCAGUCUCAGUGUUUCAUCGUGCAAGUUUUAGGUGGCUAAUUGAUUCAAGUACCUAUAUACGAUAUUUUCCCAGUAACAGCUUGGUGCCAAUGCAAAAUGAGCUCUCCAGCUAUCGGUAUUGAUUUAGGCACUACGUACUCGUGCGUUGCUGUUCUCCAGCGUGGAAAAAUUGAAAUUAUCGCCAACGAUCAAGGUAACAGAACAACGCCAAGUUACGUGGCAUUUUCCGAUGAAGAAAUUUUAAUAGGAGAGGCUGCGAAAAAUCAAGCAGCCAGGAAUGUGAAUAAUACCGUUUUUGAUGUUAAGCGACUGAUAGGCCGAAAAUUUAAUGAUGCCACUGUUCAGGCCGAUAUAGAGCACUGGCCUUUUCAAAUCAAUGUAUAUGAGAACAAACCAAGUAUCGAAGUUCAAUUCCAAGGCACUUAUAAAACGUAUCUUCCUGAAGAGAUAUCCGCGAUGGUAUUGCAAAAAAUGAAAGCGACCGCUGAAGCGUAUUUGGGUAAAACAGUCAAGAAUGCAGUAAUCACCGUACCAGCUUAUUUCAACGAUUCUCAAAGACGGGCUACAAGAGAUGCCGGUACCAUCAGCGGUCUAAAUGUAUUGCGUAUUAUUAAUGAACCUACUGCUGCUGGUUUUGCUUACGGUUUAGAAAAUGAAAACUCUGCCAUAGGUGUCCAAUUAGUUUUAAUUUUCGAUCUCGGUGGAGGAACCUUCGACGUAUCCAUUUUAGCCACCCAAAAAGGUAUAAUCGAAGUUGUUUCAACCGCCGGUGAUACUCACUUGGGAGGUGAAGAUUUCGACAACCGAAUGGUUCAGCAUUUUGUUCGAGAAAUUCAACGUAAAUACAGGAUCGAUAUCAGUCAGAACUGGAGAGCUCUUCGUCGCCUAAGAACCGUUUGCGAACAAGCAAAGAGAACUUUAUCAUCGUCUAAAAUGGCCAGAAUCGAAGUCGAUUCUCUCUGCGAUGGGAUUGAUUUCUAUAGUUCGAUCUCUCGAGCUCUUUUUGAAGAAUUGAACAUGGAUUUAUUUCAAAAUGCGAUGGCACUGGUUGAAAAAGCAAUUCUAGAUGCUGAGAUCAAUAAAACUCAAAUCGAUCAAGUGAUCUUAGUUGGCGGAUCAUCUCGAAUCCCAAAAAUACAAAACCUGUUGCAAGCUUUAUUCGGGGGAAAAACGUUGAACAAAUCGAUCAACCCGGAUGAAGCGGUAGCCUAUGGAGCCGCCGUUCAGGCGGCAAUAUUGAACGGAGAUAGAUUGAAUAUUGUGCGAGAUUUAGUGUUGAUAGACGUUACGCCAUUGUCGUUAGGUAUUGGUACUAAAAGGGACUUUAAAUACAUGGAUGUGGUCAUUAAACGUAAUACAGCCAUUCCAGCCAGAAUGACGAGCUCUUUCACCACGCUGGACGAUUAUCAAACAAGAAUACGUUUCCCAGUUUACGAAGGCGAGUAUCCUGAAACGAAGUAUAACCAUUUACUUGGCGAAUUCACACUUCAGGGUAUCCCUUCAGCACCUGCCGGUGUAGUAAAUGUCGAUGUGACAUUUGACAUCGAUUCCAACGGUAUUUUAAACGUAACCGCUGUCGAAAGAUCAACCCGUAAUUCCAAACAGAUUACCAUUAACCGUGAUAAUGGUCGUCUUACUAAGAAGCAAAUUCGCCGUAUGGUUCAAGACGCUGAAAGAUGCCUGGAGUCCAUGGUCCUGUGAAAUGAAAGGCAUACCUACCUUGAAUUUUAAUUUUUGCUUGUCAUAUUUCAAUGUGUUGUUCAAUUAUGACAUGUGCCUGCUUUUAUUGAAUUCAUAUUCUUCGGAAGGAUUAAUGAAGAUUUAAAAACCUUAUCGAAUUGUGUGAUUGUGGUACCUAACUACCUACCUACUUGAGAAUUUUCAUUUUUUUAGAUCAAGUAUUUUGUUAUACCUAUGUUAUUUAUAUUUAUUCUUGUGCGUUGAUUUUUUCCUCCUAUAUGAUUGCUCUAGUCUUAAAUUAAAUUCAUUAGGAAUGAAAUAUACAUACCUAAUUAUUUGCACUCAUUAAAUAAUUGUGUUUUAUUUUA